AUGGAGAAUGACAUAGAAGACAUGGAAGGUGACUCUGACGGGCCAAAGAAUCUUUUUGCCAGUGCUACAGAAUCUAUGAUAAAGAUUGUGAAGAAGGUGUUAAAUGUUGAAGACAAACCCAAUACGGAGGACCUGGGGCUAAAUGAAACAAUUAAUAUAAAUGACACAGAUAAAGGCUCAGCACUUCCUGCCAAUGUUACCAGUGACGGCUACAUGUUACCUUGUGUUCCUGGCCACAGUGAGGAGGAAGUGUCAAAGCAGAGUAGCACUAUUGACCAGCCAAAUACAUCCAUUCUUGGAGGGACAGGAACCAACAUGCAGACUGCUACUGCAAGUAUGGAUGUCGGAACAGAUGAACACCCUGUUGACAAGUCUGCCUCUAUUGUAACCAAGCUGGAGGAUCAUGAACAGGUUCCCAGUAGUCUGGAAGAACAGCCAAUAGUGACUCUUUUGGACAGGGAAGAAUCUGAGGUCUCACUAUCAGACCUCAUCACCAAGUGUCUCACCAAAGCACCACGAAAGAAAGGAGGAAGUAAGCAUAGAUUAACCUCUACCAAAAGAGCGAGUGCUUUCUGUACCUAUGUUCAGAUUUUGCUGCGGAAUACACGGCCAGAGACAUGCUCUGUGAAAAGAAUUCCCCCUGCUGGCAAAGCAGAAGUUGGAGGAAAGGAUAUUGACACCCAUUCAUCUGAAAAGAAGGUUGUAGGUGAAAACAACUUCAUCAUUGUCACAAAGGAUGUGCUGUUGGAGGCCAGUACCAUACCAACAUCUGUCAGUAAUGAUACUGGAUCCAGUAGUCCACAUCCGACCCCAUCUAGCCAGUCUACACCUGUAAUGUCGAAUUACUCACCCAUUGAUAAAUCUGCUGACACAUCCACUGUUACAAAUGUUAUAGAAGACUUGUCAUCACUGACCCAAAUCUCUGAGAAGAGUUUAGAUGGGGACGCCAUACCAAAAAUGUCUGUUCCUGAUGCUACAGUGACAACCAUAGAUAUAGAGCCAUCUAAAGUUUUAUCACAUGAAGAGAUAUCCACAACUAUCAACCCAGUCUCAGUGGAAGAGAGUCAGAAGUCAGAAAUCAAUGGCCAGAAGACGUUAACUCCAGGGGAGAUAACUCUUGACCCCAGUAUUGUCAGUUCAUCAGCACAAGUGGACUCCUCUCAUACAACCCCGGCCCUGGACUCUGUUACUGUGACAGGGUCUAAACUGGAGGAGGGCAAAUCCUCGGAGUCUUUUACUAGUCAGCGCAUUGAGUCUCAGGAACCAAAGAAAAAUGAUCAGAAUCCAAAUGCUGAAAUGGAAGUGACUUCCACAAAAUUGGAAAUUGUUUCUACUAAGGUUUCCACGACAACAAUGGAACCACUCAACACGAGUGACAACCUGGAGAUGUUUGACAGUGAUGCUGAGGUGAUGUCCAGUAUAGUGGACAAAUUGGCUUCAGCUAUCUUAGAUGAUCCUCAGAAUGGACACUCUCGCAUCAUCAAUGACACAGUAGUGGCAGCAAAUGCCACACAGAAGAGUUCAGGAAUGCCCCAGAAAGACCUUGGUCUAGUUAAUGUAAAGGUGCCGGUCCUGCCUCACUCGAAACGUGAAAUUGCACUUAUGAGACUAGCCAACAGAAUCAACGCCCUUGAGAUGAAUGUUACUCUCAGUAUCAGAUUUCUGGAGAGAAUGAGCCAAAAGUUCAAAACUAAGUCAGAUGAGAUGAUUAAAGCACUCAACAGGACUGACACCAAGCUAGAGGAGACCAUUCAGGAGGCUGCUACAAGGGGAGAGAAACAACAGGAAGACAUGAAGAGGAUGGAGAUGAAACUGAAGAACCUGACUGUAAUGAUGGAGGAGAUGAUACAUAACAUGGAUACCUUGAACCAGAAGGUGACAGACAGACAGAUGGUCUGGACUUCCGUAGAGGUCAUCAUUCUGGUCAUUAUAUUUAUGGUGUGUCUCAGGAGAGGAAAAUCGCCAUCAUAUAUACCAAUGCCACCUGAAGUUCAGAAAAUACUGGAUAAGUUUCCAAAUGAUAUGGAUCUAACAGCACUCCCCAGAAGGAAUUCAUUCCAUGGAACAAUUCAACACAGUUCUGUUGAUAGAAUUGGAGGUUCUCUACAAAAAUACAACAGUGAAACAGCAUUAUCUUGUAGUCAAGAUAUAUCUGGCUAUGAUCCAGGUGGAGCCACCAACAUUUCAUCCUGUAGUAAUCAGCAAAAAGAUAUGCCAAAGAGGAAGAAGAGAAAGAAGAAAAGUCCUGAUAUAAAAAUAUCUGGUGUAUCUGACAGAUUGAAACAUCAUUCAUCUCUACCAGAGUCUCACACAAACAUUAACAGUGCAGGUCUUUUGUUUGGUGCAAGUUCAGAGGAGACAACUGUGUGUGAAAAGUUAGACAGGACAAGUAGUGAAGGAACUAAGUGGACUCUACCCUCUGACAAUAAGCUUGUGAGCAAGUCAGAGGUGGAACCUGUCUACUGUAAAAGUGAUUCCUCAGAUACAUCUGUUACCUCUAAAGGUCAGGAGUCAAAGGUCAGAGUGUCCUACUCCAGCAGUGAUAUACCAGACUGUGUUCCUGAGGGGUCUACUAAACUUACUAAGGUGAAGGCUCAUUCUUUUACAAGUGAGUUACCAGUAUCUGUGAUAUCUUCUAAACCUCCUAAAUGUCCCGUGGCUCCUGGACAAGUGGUAGGUAAGUCUAAGCGAGGAAGCCCACCAAUGAUGCGUGCCCUAGCUGACCCAGGGGGAGGGGGUGGAGGAGCUUCAAAAAAGAAACGACACAGUUACGGCCACCACAUUCUACUGGACUAUAACACACAGGCCCCCGCUGAAGUGGAAACAGUGAGGCCAAAUAUCAAUGGAAACCAUAUUUCUACCAGCCAGACAGCAACCAGUGAACAACAGAAUAAUCGACAGCCACAACAACACAGACCAAAGAGGAAGUCCCACACGAGGGCUGCUAGUGAUGACCUGUCUUCAGUACCAGACACCAGUACCGCAUCCUGGAAGAAUAUGUUCCGUUGGAAAUAAGACUGACCCAAGUCCAUUCGUGUUUUAAAUAUUAAAGGUGAUAACGAACUUGGUAGUGUGGUGUAAAACCAUAACAAAAACAAAGUGACUGUGUUGUGUCUGGUCUGGCAUAAUAUUACUUGGUAAAAACAAAGUAAAUAUAUUGUUUGGUGGAGAGGACAGUAUAUUUUCUGGUAAAAACAAGAGUAUAUUAUUGGGUAAAACAGAUUAUAUUGUCUGGUAAAAACAGAGUAUAUUGUCUGGUAAAAACAGAAAAAUAUUCCACAUGAUAGUAAAUCCGUUUAAAGCAGUGAUUUUUGAGAUUUUGUUGAGAAUGCCAUGAUUUAUUUUGUAUGCAUUUUUACAUAUUGUAAUAUAAACAGAUGAGAAUGCUAAGUAAACAGUGAGGUAUUGGGAGGUUUCUUACAAAAAUGGUCUCCUGAAUUCUGUAUUUAGAAUUUUCAAAAUCAAAUGAUUUGUGCAAUACUUUGUUUAGAUGUUACAUGUAAGUUAAUGAUGUACCUGGUCUCUCACUUUGAUUAAGUAACAGAAUGAAGAUGAACACAAGACACUGUUAUUUCUGUGUGAGCAUGCUCUGAUGUUAGGUCAGAUGUUGUUUUUUUCCACAUAUGUUUGUAGCUGUUGUAUGGCACCUUAUCCAGAAAGUUGUACUUUCCCUGUUGUAAUAACCCACAUAAUAUCUUAUAUACAUUUUGCCAAUUCAUCUACACUGUGUCCAACUAUUGCACCUAUUCUAUUUACAAACGGGUCACAAGCAACUUAGAAAUUAAUGUUUCAUUGUCUCCCCAUUUCACUAAAGCACUCCUUUAUCUAUCAAAUCAGAGAUUCAUUAUUUUUUAAUUGUUUUGUUUGAAUCUUUAAAUAUUUUUAAUGGUUCAGUGUCUGCAGUAUAUACUGGUUAGAAUGAUAGAACAUGGUCUAAAUUUUUGAACUUCUUUCGUUUCAUAAUCUUUAACAUGGCCUGUCAAGAUCAGUCUUGAUAACAUGGCCUUUAAGAGUCAAUCUAAUUGAAAUGACCUGUCAGAAUCAAUCUAGUUGAAAUGACCUGUCAGAAUCAAUCUAAUUGAAAUGACCUGUCAGAAUCAAUCUAGUUGAAAUGACCUGUCAGAAUAAAUCUAAUUGAAAUGACCUGUCAGAAUCAAUCUAAUUGAAAUGACCUGUCAGAAUAAAUCUAAUUGAAAUGACCUGUCAGAAUCAAUCUAAUUGAAAUGACCUGUUAAAAUCAAUCUUAAUAAAGACCAAUUGAUUUUUCUGUAGAAUUCUAUUGAAGAUUAUUAUUUUUGAUAGUUCAAAUUUUUUAAGGUCAAAGUUCAACGUAAAACAGGAUCCACAAUCUACUGUAGAUAUUUUAUUUUCAGGAUAAUAUUUUUCGCACUUUCAUUCUGUCACUGAAAAUAUUGAAAACCCGAACCUCUUGUGAAUUGAGAUCCUUAGCAUUUUACUCCCAUUAGAGCUGCAGAGUCUAACUGUAAUAUAUCUUCUACCGGGGCCCGUGUAAUACUUUUCAUUUUAGGGGCCAUGUAAUACUUGUUAUAGUCCUUCCGUGGGAGGGGCCAUUUAAUACCUACUAAUAUACUUAUACUUUGUGCUUUUGAGUAUAUAAUGUUGUAUAUACAUUUGUAUUUAACAUUUUCUGGUCAGUCCUACUUAUCAUCAUCGAUAUCUACAGAUUCCAGGUAUACAUUGUUUAUCAGGAUCUCAGUGUGGACAAUACUAUUUUAUAUUGUGUGAUCAUAAUGAUGCAGUUAUAUUGAAAAUCAAACACUGGACAGUGUCUACACACUGUUAGUCCAAUUGGCUUUGCUAUGUAUUCGAAACAUGGCCAUAAGUUUUCUUGAAUUAUAUAGUAAUGUCUCUAUAAGUAGCUAGAAUACAACAGAUUUGGCUACACUUAACACUGAUGAUACAACCUAGAUAUUUCUGACUUGAUUGAUGGCUUGGUCAAUUAAGUGUGGUCUGCACAUGUAUCUUAUAUCAACAAACAUAAUGAAUCUCAUUCAAUAUACUUAGUACAUAUAACAACUAAGUAUAGCUGAGUCCUGUGUGAGAUUUGGUCAAGUUUAUUUCUGGGCCUCUGUGAGAUUAAGCCAAUAUAGCAGUGCCCUAUGUGAGAAUUAAUUAUUCUAUAACAUGGUCCUGUAAAAGAUUAACCUUUGCUGUACCCUGCUCCUAUUUAUGACUAAACCUGCUUUGCCUCGGUCCCAUUUAAGGUUUUUCUUUUCUAUGAUAUCCCAUGUCUGGUAGGUGAUAGGGAUUGAUCAUAAUCACCAAACUUUAUAUCAUGCUUAAGAGGUGCAUUGUGUUUCUUACAGGUUUAUAUUUUUCUGCUGUAUGGUUUGGCUAUUUUUUUUAACUUAAAGAUGGAAAAGGGAGGAGUUAUCGUAUACAAAUUUACUAUACCCUGUGUUUGUGGGACUCUGUAGUGUAUCCCCAAUACUAAUUGUUAUACCCUGUGUUUGUGGGACUCUGUUGUGUAUCCCCUAUACUAAUUGUUAUACCCUGUGUUUGUGGGACUCUGUUGUGUAUCCCCUAUACUAAUUGUUAUACCCUGUGUUUGUGGGACUCUGUUGUGUAUCCCCUAUACUAAUUGUUAUACCCUGUGUUUGUGGGACUCUGUUGUGUAUCCCCUAUACUAAUUGUUGUACCCUGUGUUUGUGGGACUCUGUAGUGUAUUUCCUAUACUAAUUGUUAUACCCUGUGUUUGUGGGACUCUGUAGUGUAUCCCCUAUACUAAUUGUUAUACCCUGUGUUUGUAGGACUCUGUUGUGUAUCCCCUAUACUAAUUGUUAUACCCUGUGUUUGUGGGACUCUGUUGUGUAUCCCCUAUACUAAUUGUUAUACCCUGUGUUUGUAGGACUCUGUUGUGUAUCCCCUAUACUAAUUGUUAUACCCUGUGUUUGUAGGACUCUGUUGUGUAUCCCCUAUACUAAUUGUUAUACCCUGUGUUUGUAGGACUCUGUUGUGUAUCCCCUAUACUAAUUGUUAUACCCUGUGUUUGUGGGACUCUGUUGUGUAUACCCUAUACUAAUUGUUACACCCUGUGUUUGUGGGACUCUGUAGUGUAUCCCCUAUACUAAUUGUUAUACCCUGUGUUUGUAGGACUCUGUUGUGUAUCCCCUAUACUAAUUGUUAUACCCUGUGUUUGUGGGACUCUGUUGUGUAUCCCCUAUACUAAUUGUUAUACCCUGUGUUUGUGGGACUCUGUUGUGUAUCCCCUAUACUAAUUGUUAUACCCUGUGUUUGUGGGACUCUGUAGUGUAUCCCCUAUACUAAUUGUUAUACCCUGUGUUUGUGGGACUCUGUAGUGUAUACCCUAUACUAAUUGUUAUACCCUGUGUUCGUGGGACUCUGUUGUGUAUCCCCUAUACUAAUUGUUAUACCCUGUGUUUGUGAGACUCUGUAGUGUAUCCCCUAUAGAUAUCUGUAGUGUAGUGUAUAUGCUAUUUAUCAUGUGUAAUGUUAGAUAUUAUGUGGUGCAGGUUUAUACAGAACUAUCCAUUUGUUGACAUUACUGUUAUAUUGAAUGCUUUCAUACAGGAGAAGACAACUCUCAGAACCCUAGCAUUUAUAUAUACUAUGCCAUAUAUACUUAAAACAAUGAAUAGAGUUCUCAGAUCAUGAGGGAGGAACAAGGUGCAGAUUGUGACAGUGUGAGGAAGAAAUGAGGUGUGACUGUGACAGAUUGAGGGAGAGAUGAAGUGCAGAUUAUGACAGAUUGAGGGAGAGAUGAAGUGUAGACUAUGACAGAUUGAGGGACAGAUGAAGUGUAGAUUGUGACAGAUUGAGGGAGAGAUGAAGUGCAGAUUAUGACAGAUUGAGGGAGAGAUGAAGUGCAGAUUAUGACAGAUUGAGGGAGAGAUGAAGUGUAGACUAUGACAGAUUGAGGGAGAGAUGAAGUGUAGACUAUGACAGAUUGAGGGAGAGAUGAAGUGUAGAUUGUGACAGAUUGAGGGAGAGAUGAAGUGUAGAUUGUGACAGAUUGAGGGAGAGAUGAGAUGGAGAAUGUGACAGAUUGAGGGAGAGAUGAAGUGCAGAUUAUGACAGAUUGAGGGAGAGAUGAAGUGUAGACUAUGACAGAUUGAGGGAGAGAUGAAGUGCAGAUUAUGACAGAUUGAGGGAGAGAUGAAGUGUAGACUAUGACAGAUUGAGGGACAGAUGAAGUGUAGACUAUGACAGAUUGAGGGAGAGAUGAAGUGUAGAUUGUGACAGAUUGAGGGAGAGAUGAGAUGGAGAAUGUGACAGAUUGAGGGAGGGAUGAGGUGUAGAUUGUGACAGACUGAGGAAGGGAUGAGGUGUAGUUUGUGACAGGCUUAGGGAGGGAUGAGGUGUAGACUGUGACAGAUUUAGUGUGUUGAGAUAAACAUAGUGAUUGAGGGAGAGAUGAAGUGUAGAUUGUGACAUAUUGAGGGAGAAAUGAUAUUCGGAUUGUGACAUAUUGAGGGAGAGAUGUGGUGGAGAAUGUGACAGAUUGAGGGAGGAUGAGGUGUUGAUUGUGAUAGAUUGAGGGAGAGAAGAGGUGUAGAUUUUGACAGAUUAAGGGAGGGAUGUUGAGAUGUAUAUUGUGACAGAUUUAAUUUGUUGAGAUGAACAUUGUGAUCAGUGAUACUUAAACAUAUCAGAUACUGUAGGGAUAGAGAGGUACUUUGACAUAUUAAGGUCAUUUUAAAACCAUCACUUUUUGCUUGCUGGCUUGUCAUUGUAUUUUCAUAUUAUGUUCAGAAAUAUGUUAUGAGUGUGCCUAUGUUAUGUUGUUUUGUGUAGAUAUAAAACAGCUCUAUCAAUGUUUAAUAUUGUACUAUGUUUUUGAAGUCUGUGAUAAAGUGCUGUUCAAAUUGAAAUGAGAUAUGAGUACUGUUCAAACUGAGAUAUUGUAACUGUUCCUGUUUUUCUUGGUCAGCUGUGCUUUAAAUCUUGUAAGUGAUGUUCUACUAUUGCUAGGGUUGAUGGGUGAUACGUUGAUGGAGACUGGUAGUGCUUGUUGAGAUGUUUAUGUACAGGGUUUAGUAGAGAUACACCUGAUCCAGCUGUAGAUAUAUAUGUGCAGUAAACAUAAAUCACAUAGCAUGUGUGAGAUAAUGUUGAUUCAUAGUGGUCAGUCUGACUGACCUGUGUCCUUGCACCUUUUCUUUUUUGUGCUUUUGGUCUUGUUCAAUAAUUCAUAUAAGGAUAUUUGAAAUCCAUAGAUUUUGUGAUAAGUAAAUAUUUCGAAGAUAGAACCAUAGGAUUUGUAAAAGUGCUGUUUUGAUGUUUACUGAGCAACAGAAGUUUGAUUUCAUUAUGUACAGUGUGAUAUUUUCAGUUACCUUCAUACCAAAUUUUAUAUAACACUGAGUUGACCAGACUAGAAGUCCAGUAGUACUCAUUUCAAGUGUCAGACUGUCCGUGCUGCCAUUAUUUAUAUAUACAACAGACACGCCUUAUCUUGGGUCUGCCAUUAAGACAAACGGUUCCGUCAGAUAUGAUUAUUCCAUGAUAUACUGAAUGAUUCCAAAGACAUAUUCCUUUGCUGUCAUAUUAUGACACCAUUCCAAAUAAACACAGAAAACUAAUGUAUGUGUCAGGAUUAUUAUAUGAAAUUGUUGACAUUGUCUGCAUAAAACUUUCUCCAUCAUAGAUAUUUCACUUACUACUUUACACUUUCAGUUUUAUUUCUUUCAGUCUCUCAAAUUUCUUUUUCUCUCUUUUUAACAAACAUUUUGUUUACAAUGAAUGCAAUUAUUUUUGUCUCCUGUCUGUUGUUAUUUCAAGUAAAAAAGAUUGUUGUUUGAUCAGGUGAAAUCUUGUCUAUUAUUUUCUGUCUUCAGUAAGUUUUUAACUUUCACCCCUGAAGUCCAAAGUCCCUUCCAAGUCCUUAUUUUAGUUCUUUUUGUUAGUACUUAUAAUAAUUAUUGAGCUUUACCCAAUCCAGUUUUAAAAUGAUGAAUAAUUACAUUAAUGCUAGGCCUGGUGUUCUGCAUGAGGUCUUGAAGCUAGGCCUGGAUUGUUGUGCAAGGUCAUGUGGCUAGGCCUGGUGUGCUAUGCCAAGCCUUGUAGCUAGGCCUUGUUUUGCGAGGCCUCAUAGCUGGGCCUGGUGUGUUGCUUGAGGUCUUGUAGCUAGGCCUGGUGUGUUACGUCAGGCCUUGUAGCUAGGCCUGGUUUUGCGAGGCUUCAGAGUUAGACCUGAUGUGUUGUGUGAGGCCCCGUUUGUAGCACAACUGUUGUAGAGGGAGUGUUAGACUAUAUUGUAACUGUGUACGUUGACUUAUUAUAAUGGUUACUUGGCUGUAUAUAAUGCUGGCCAAGUUACCUUGUUAUAUUGUUACAGCAUUAUAAUUUAUUUGUAAUUAAGGCAUUAAUAAAAUACAUUAUAAAAC